AUGGGGUCCCUGUGGAGCUGGUGGACCCUCUGGGCUGGAGCAGCCCUCCUGUGGGCUCUGCUCUCCCGAGCAGAGGCCUCCUGCCAAGGGGUUAAGUGUGCAUCUGGGCAGCACUGCCAGGUGGUGAGUGGGAAGGCCAGGUGUGUGGCAGAGUCCACAGCUAUCUGCCGUGCCCAGGGUGACCCUCAUUACACCACCUUUGAUGGCCGCCGUUAUGACAUGAUGGGUACCUGCUCCUACACCAUGGCCGAGCUGUGUGGGGAGGAUACGACCCUGCCAGCCUUCAGCGUGGAAGCCAAGAAUGAGCACCGGGGCAGCCUCCAAGUCUCCUAUGUGGGCUUGGUAACCGUGCACGCCUAUAGCCACUCUGUGUCGCUGAUCCGUGGAGAAACUGGCUUUGCCCGGAUCGACCACCAGCGCUCAAGCCUGCCAGCCUCCCUGAGUGAUGGUCGCCUGCGCGUGUACCAGAGUGGGACACAGGGUGUGGUGGAGCUGGACUUCGGACUGGUGGUCACCUACAACUGGGAUUCCCAGCUGACACUGAGCCUGCCCAACCGCUUCCGAGACCAGGUGUGCGGUCUGUGUGGCAACUACAAUGGAGACCCUGCUGACGACUUCCUCACACCUGACUGGGAGCAGGCCCCUGAUGCCUUAGAAUUUGCAAAUAGCUGGAAGCUGGAUGAUGGGGACUACCUGUGUGAUGACGGCUGCCAUAACACCUGUCCCUCCUGCACAGCAGGCCAGCUGCAGCACUACCAGGGAUCGCCUCUCUGUGGCAUGAUAACUCUGUCCACAGGCCCCUUCGCUGCCUGCCACGAGUCCCUGGACCCCAAACCUUUCCUGCAAGAUUGUGUGUAUGACCUGUGUGUGACUGGAGGGGAACGUCUCAGCCUGUGUCGGAGCCUCAGUGCCUAUGCCCAGGCCUGUGCAGAGCUGGGCAUCUCUGUUGGGAACUGGAGGUCACAAGCCAACUGCCCCCUAUGCUGCCCAGCCAACAGCCGCUAUGAUGCUUGCAGCCCUGCCUGUCCUGCCUCCUGCAACUCAGAGGCAGCUCCUGAGGACUGCUCCAGCCGCCCCUGUGUGGAGGGCUGUGUGUGCCUUCCAGGCUUCGUGUCCAGCGGUGGCGCUUGUGUGCCUGUCUCCUCCUGUGGUUGCACCUACCAGGGCCGCCCGCUUGCUCCAGGUCAGGAGGUGUUUGCUGAUGACCUGUGCCAGCAACGCUGCACCUGUGAUGGAGCCACCCAGGAGGUGAUCUGUCGAGACACACAAGGAUGUCCUUCUGGUGAGCGCUGCCUCGUGCAGAAUGGCCUCCUGGGUUGCUACCCCAACAACUUUGCCAGCUGCCAGGCAUCUGGGGACCCGCACUACGUGAGCUUUGAUGGCAAGCGCUUUGACUUCAUGGGUACCUGCACGUACCAGCUAGUGGGAUCCUGCGGCCAGAAUACUGCACUGCCUGACUUCCGGGUGCUGGUGGAGAAUGAGCAUCGAGGCAGCCAGACCGUGAGCUACACGCGUGCCGUGCGGGUAGAGGCCCACGGUGUCGAGGUGGCAGUACGCCGGGAGUACGCAGGCAGAGUGCUGGUGGACGGCAUCCUUCAUUACCCGCCCUUCCAGGCGGCAGGUGGGAAGGUGCAGAUAUUCCGCCAGGGCAAUGAUGCUGUCGUGCGCACAGACUUUGGCUUGACUGUCACCUACAACUGGAAUGCUCAUGUGGUCGCCAAGGUGCCUAGCAGCUACGCGGAGGCCGUGUGUGGGCUCUGUGGGAACUUCAAUGGAAACCCAAGUGAUGACCUGGCUCUGAAGGAUGGAAGCCAAGCCACCAGUGUACUGGACUUUGGGAACAGCUGGCAGGUGGAGACAAUACCUGGCUGUGAAGCAACUGAUCCCGGCGACUGUCCCCAGCUGGACUCCCUUGUGACCCAGCAGCUACAAAGCAAAAACGAGUGUGGGAUCCUUGCUGACCCCAAGGGGCCCUUCCGGGAGUGUCACAAAUUACUGGAUCCCCAGGGUGCUGUACGUGAUUGUGUCUAUGACCUUUGCCUGCUGCCCGGCCAGUCUAAGCUACUGUGUGACGCACUAGCCGCAUAUGCUGCCGAGUGCCAGGCUGCUGGGGGCACUGUGCAUCCCUGGAGGAGUCAGGAACUUUGCCCGCUGACCUGCCCACCUAACAGCCACUAUGAGCUAUGUUCCUAUGGCUGCCCGCUGUCCUGUGGAGACCUGCCAGUGCCUGGAGGCUGUGGCUCAGAAUGCCGUGAGAGCUGCAUUUGUGAUGAGGGCUUUGCCCUCAGUGGUGAGUCCUGCCUGCCCCUGGCUUCCUGCGGCUGCAUAUACCAGGAUACCUACUACCCACCAGGACAAACCUUCUAUCCUGGACCUGAGUGUGACUCUCUUUGCCACUGCCAGGAGGGCGGCCUGGUUUCCUGUGAGCCCUCAUCCUGUGGUCCACAUGAGGCUUGCCAGCCAUCCAAUGGCAUUUUGGGCUGUGUGGCUGUAGGCACUACCACCUGCCAAGCAUCAGGAGAUCCUCAUUACAUCACCUUCGAUGGCCGCCGCUUCGAUUUCAUGGGCACCUGUGUGUAUGUACUGGCACAGACCUGUGGGACCCGGCCUGGCCUGCCCCAGUUCACUGUCCUGCAGGAGAAUGAGGCCUGGGGCAAUGGGAAAGUCAGUGUGACCAAGGUGAUCACUGUCCUGGUGGCUAACUACACCUUGCGGCUGGAGCGGCAGAAGAGGAAGGUCACGGUGAAUGGCGUGGACAUGAAGAUGCCGGUGGUGCUGGAUGGGGGCAAGAUCCAUAUCUUUCUGCACGGGUCUGAUGCUGUGAUUGAGACCGAUUUUGGCCUGCGUGUGGCCUAUGAUCUCAUGUACUAUGUGCGGGUCACCAUCCCAGGGAACUACUACCAGCAGAUGUGUGGCCUGUGUGGGGACUAUGAUGGUGACCCCAAGGAUGACUUCCAGAAGCCCGAUGGCUCACAGGCAGCCAACCCCACUGACUUUGGUAACUCUUGGGAGGAAGCUGUGCCUGACUCUCCCUGUGCGCCACCGCCUCCCUGCUGUGACACCGAGUGCAGCCCUGAGCUGGAGGACAAGUAUCAUGGAGGGAAAUUCUGUGGGCUGCUCACCAGCCCCACAGGCCCGCUGGCUGCCUGCCACAAGCUGGUGGAUCCUGAGGGUCCCUUACAAGACUGUGUCUUUGAUCUCUGCCUGGGUGGUGGGAACCUGAGCAUUCUGUGCGACAACAUCCAUGCCUACGUGAGUGCCUGCCAGGCAGCUGGAGGCCAAGUUGAGCCCUGGAGGACUGAAACUUUCUGCCCAAUCAAAUGUCCCCCUCACAGCCACUAUGAGCUCUGUGCAGACACCUGCUCCCUGGGGUGCUGGGCUCUCAGCGCUCCAAUACGGUGCCCAGAAGGGUGUGCUGAGGGCUGCGAAUGUGACUCUGACUUCCUGUACAAUGGCGAAACCUGUGUGCCCAUCCAGGAAUGUGGCUGCUACCACAAUGGAGUCUACUACGAGCCAGGACAAACAGUUCUCAUUGAAAACUGUCAACAGCAGUGUGUGUGCCACACAGGCACAGACAUGGUGUGUGAGGAACACAGCUGCAAGCCGGGGCAGGUGUGCGAGCCCUCAGGAGGCAUCCUGACCUGCGUCCCCAAAGACCCAUGCCAUAGCGUCACCUGCCGGCCACAGGAGACAUGCAAAGUUCAAGAUGGCCAGGGCGUGUGUGUGCCCAACUACAAUUCCACAUGCUGGCUAUGGGGUGACCCUCACUACCACUCCUUUGAUGGCUGGAACUUUGACUUCCAGGGCACCUGCAGCUACCUGCUCGCAGGAACUGGCUGCCCUGGAGUUAGUUCUGAGGACUUGACUCCCUUUACUGUCACAACCAAGAAUGAGAACCGGGGCAACCCUUCUGUGUCCUAUGUGAAAAUGGUCACCGUGACCACCCUCAACACCAGCAUCUCCAUCCACAAGAACGAGAUUGGCAAAGUCCGGGUGAACGGAGUGCUGACAACCUUGCCUGUGUCCUUGGCUGGUGGGCGGAUUUCAGUGAUUAAUGCACUCUCAAAGGCUGUGCUGGUGACUGACUUCAGGCUGCAGGUCACCUAUGACUGGAAUUCACUGGUACAGGUUACGUUGACAAGUAGCUACCAUAGCGUGGUGUGCGGGCUCUGUGGGAACAUGGACAAAAACCCCAACAAUGAUCAACUCUUCCCUAACGGCACAAUGGCUCCCUCAAUGUCCACCUGGGGUGGCAGCUGGCGGGUUCCAGAGUGGGACCCCAUUUGCUGGGAUGAAUGUCAGGGGUCCUGCCCAACAUGCCCUGAAGAUCACCUGGAGGAGUUUGAGGGACCUGGCUUCUGUGGACCUCUGAUACCUGGCUCAGGGGGUCCCUUUGCCAGCUGUCAUGCCCAUGUGUCCCCCGAAACCUUCUUCAAAGGCUGUGUGCUGGAUGUCUGCCUGGGUGGUGGUGGCAAAGACAUACUCUGUGAGGCCCUGGCUGCCUAUGCUGCUGCCUGCCAGGCUGCUGGCAUCACCAUCAAGGACUGGAGGACGCAGGCCGGCUGUGAGAUCCCCUGCCCUGACAACAGCCACUAUGAGCUCUGUGGUCCACCCUGCCCAGCUACCUGCCCAUCUCCUGCACUCCGGACAACCCCAGAUGCUUGUGAGGGACCCUGCGUCGAGGGCUGCCAGUGUGACAAGGGCUUCGUGUUGAGUGGCAAGGAGUGCGUUCCCCUGGAUGGCGGUUGUGGCUGCUGGGCCAAUGGCACCUACCACGAGCCAGGCAGCGAGUUUUGGAGCGAUGCCACCUGCUCUCAGUGGUGCAGCUGUGGGUCUAAGGGUGGUUCCCUGGUCUGCAAGCCUGCCAGCUGUGGGCCAGGCAAGGAGUGUGGCUUGUUGCCCUCUGGCCAGCUUGGCUGCCAACCCACCAGCACAGUUGAAUGCCAAGCCUGGGGUGAUCCGCACUACACCACUCUGGAUGGGCACCGAUUUGACUUCCAAGGCACCUGCGAGUACCUGCUAAGUGCACCCUGCGAGGCACCACCCACGGGCACUGAAUACUUCAAUGUUACUGUUUCCAACGAGCACAGGGGCAGCCAGGCGGUCAGCUACACCCGCAGUGCCACUCUGUAUAUCUACGGCCUCAGCCUGACCCUCAGUGCCAAGUGGCCCCGACAGUUACAGGUGAACGGAGAGUUCGUUGCUCUGCCCUUCAAGCUGGACUCCCGACUGCAGGCUUACAUAAGUGGCUCAGAUGUAGUGAUCACCACUGCCUCUGGAGUCUCCCUGGCAUUUGAUGGGGUCAGCUUCCUGCGCCUGCGUGUGCCUGCAGCCUAUGCGGGCACCCUUUGUGGCCUGUGCGGGAACUACAACAAAAAUCCCAGUGAUGACCUGACAGCAGUGGAAGGGAAACCUGAGGGCUGGCAGGUGGGAGGUGCCCCAGGCUGUGAUGAGUGUGUGCCCGGGCCUUGCCCAAAACCCUGUACUCCAGAGCAAAAGGAACCCUUCCGUGGUCCUGACGCCUGCGGGAUAAUCUCGGCCCCAGACGGCCCACUGGCAGCCUGCCACAGCCUCAUACCACCUGAGCAGUACUUCGAGGAUUGCUUGUUGGAUGCCUGCCAAGUUCAGGGCCAUCCAGGAGGACUCUGUCCUGCAGUGGCCACCUACGUGGCAGCUUGCCAGGCCGCUGGAGCCCAGCUUGGAGAAUGGAGGAAGCCGGACUUCUGUCCCUUCCAGUGCCCUGCCAACAGCCACUACCAGCUCUGUGGUGACUCCUGCCCCGUGAGCUGCCCGAGCCUCUCAGCCCCCGAGGGCUGUGAAACCACCUGUCGUGAGGGCUGUGUCUGUGAUUCUGGCUUUGUGCUCAGCGGUGACACCUGUGUGCCUGUGGGCCAGUGUGGCUGCCUCCAUGAUGGACGUUACUACCUGCUGGGUGCCACCUUCUACCCAGGCCCUGAGUGUGAACGGCACUGUGAGUGCGGCCCAGGUGGCCAGGUCAGCUGCCAGGAAGGUGUAGACUGUGGGCCCUAUGAGGAGUGCAAGGUAGAAGAAGGUGUUCAGGCCUGCCAUCCUACGGGUUGUGGCCGCUGCCUGGCCAGCGGGGGCAUCCAUUAUGUCACCCUCGAUGGAAGAGUGUAUGAUCUGCAUGGUACCUGCUCCUAUGUGUUGGCCCAAGUCUGUCACCCAAAUCCUGGAGAAGAGGACUUUUCCAUUGUGCUUGAGAAGACCUCAACUGAAGAUCCCCAAAGAGUGGUGGUAACUGUGGCGGACCAGGUUGUGAUCCUGUCUCACGGGCCACAGGUAACCGUGGAUGGUGAAGCUGUGGCCCUGCCUGUGUCUAUAGGCCGUGUGCGUGUGACUGCUGAAGGUCGAAACAUGGUUCUGCAGACGAACAAGGGGCUAAAGGUUCUUUUUGAUGGCGAUGCCCAUGUCCUCAUGUCCAUCCCUAGUACCUUCCGCAAACGUCUCUGUGGCCUCUGUGGGAACUUCAACGGCAACUGGAGUGAUGACUUUGUGCUGCCCGGUGGUGCAGAGGCCCCCAGCGUGGACGAUUUUGGAAAUGCUUGGAGAGCUCCUGGCUCCACUGAGGGAUGCAUUGAGGGCUGUGGGCCCCAACGCUGCCCUGUGUGCUUGGCAGAGGAGACAGCAGCAUAUGAGAAAAAUGAAGCCUGUGGGCAGAUCCGGGACCCCAAAGGCCCCUUUGCUUCCUGCCACCAAGUUCUGAGUCCCUCAGAAUACUUCCGCCAAUGUGUGUAUGACAUGUGUGCCCAUAAGGGUGACAAAGCCUACCUCUGCCGUGGCCUGGCAGCCUAUACUGCGGCCUGUCAGGCAGCUGGCGCAACCGUGAAACCCUGGAGGACAGACAGCUUCUGCCCUCUUCAGUGCCCUGCCCACAGCCACUACUCUGUCUGCACACGAUCUUGCCAAGGUUCCUGUGCAGCACUCUCUGGCCUCACUGGCUGCACCACCCGCUGCUUUGAAGGAUGUGAGUGUGACGACCACUACCUACUCUCAGAGGGUGUGUGUGUCCCUGCCCAACACUGCGGCUGCACCCACAAUGGCCGAUACUUGCCGGUGAACUCUUCGCUGCUGACGUCAGACUGCAGUGAACGCUGUUGCUGCUCUGCAAGCACUGGCCUGACAUGCCAUGCAACUAGCUGUCCAUCCGGUCAAGUUUGUGAGCUCCAGGCAGGAGUCUGGGACUGCCAGCCUGCCCGUGGUGUCUGCUCCCUCCCUGUGGGCGCCAACCUCACCACCUUUGAUGGGGCCAAAAGUGCUGUCACCUCCUCUGGCUUCUAUGAGCUUUCUUUCCGCUGCCCAGGACUCCAGAAUACCGUGCCCUGGUACCGCGUGGUUGCUGAUGUCCAGACCUGCAACGGCAAAGAUAAGGCUGUGGGCGAGGUCCACAUCUUCUUCCCAGAUGGGAUAGUGACUCUGACCCCAAGCAAAGGCGUGUGGGUAAAUGGUCUCCGAGUGGCUCUCCCAGCCAGUGUGUUAACAUCUGUGUCUGUGAAGAAGGCACCUGAUGGCUCCAUGCUCCUCCACCAGAAAGAAGGGGUCCAGGUGUGGCUUGGUGUUGAUGGGGAGCUGGCAGUGAUGGUCAGCGAUGACCAUGCUGGCAGACUGUGUGGGGCCUGUGGAAACUUUGAUGGGGACCAGGCCAACGAUGUGCAUGACUUUAAUGGGAUAACAACGAUGGAGAAAUGGACAGCACAGGACUUCUCCCCAUGUUACAACUGAUCAGUCAUUACUGGCAAUGAAGACUUCAAGACCUGCCCCCAUCCUGGAGGUUAAGUGAUUGAAGGAUGCUCUCUGUACCCCUUCCCUGUCCCAUCCCUUCGCUGAGCCACUGAGGCUAAAUUGA